CUCACGCAUCUUUUUUCUCAAAUUUUCAAUUCUAUUUGUAAUCAUUAAUAUCAACUUGCACCAAUCAAUAUUCCUACCCUUCCUACUCUUUAAACCAUCCUCUCCACAUAUGUCAUUUCUAGCUCUAUCAACAACAAAGGAAUAAACAAAAACAAAUAAGCUUUACACAGUGCACAAAUGGAAGAUCCAAAUCAACACACCCCCUUAAUAUCAACAGCAACAGAAGAAGAAGAGAAAAUUGAAGAAAAUGAUCAAGAAGAAGAAGAAAGUCAAACACUACUUAAAAAUCCCAAAAAAACAUGGGAUUUAGACAAUAAAGAAAACUCGCCAGUUAAACAAGUGGCGAUGACAGUCCCAACUAUAGACGAUCCAGAACUUCCAGUGUUGACUUUCAGAAUGUGGGCCUUAGGAACAUUAUCUUGUGUAGUAUUAUCAUUUUUAAACCAGUUUUUCUGGUACAGAACUGAGCCACUCAGCAUAACAGCUAUAUCAGCUCAGAUCGCCGUCGUACCACUAGGCCAAUUGAUGGCGGCGAAACUUCCUAGCCGACCAUUUCUACGAGGAACAAGAUGGGAAUUUACGCUAAAUCCAGGACCUUUUAAUAUCAAAGAACAUGUUCUUAUUACUAUCUUUGCUAAUGCUGGUGCUGGAAGUGUUUAUGCUAUUCAUGUUGUUACUGUUGUCAAGAUUUUUUACAAGAAACAGAUUACAUUCUUUGUUUCUUUGAUUGUUGUUCUUACAACUCAGGUGUUGGGGUUUGGAUGGGCUGGAAUUUUCAGGCGUUAUCUGGUUGAGCCGGCUGAAAUGUGGUGGCCUGCCAAUCUUGUUCAAGUUUCUCUUUUCAGGGCUUUACACGAGAAGGAAGAACGUGCAAAAGGCGGUCUUACUCGCACCCAAUUCUUCCUAAUUUCCUUCAUUUGCAGCUUUGCAUAUUAUGUCUUUCCAGGCUACCUCUUCCAAAUGUUAACUUCCCUUUCUUGGAUAUGUUGGCUUUGGCCCAAAUCAAUCCUAGCCCAACAGCUAGGAUCUGGGUUAUAUGGGCUUGGAAUUACAGCAUUUGGGCUAGACUGGUCCACUAUCUCAUCUUACCUUGGUAGCCCACUAGCAAGCCCAUGGUUUGCCACAGCCAAUGUGGCUGCUGGAUUUGUGUUUGUCAUGUAUGUACUUACCCCUAUAAGUUAUUGGCUGAAUGUUUACAAAGCCAAAACUUUCCCUAUAUUUUCAGAUGAUCUCUUUACUUCAAAUGGCUCAAUUUACAAUAUAUCAGCUAUAGUAGACUCUAAUUUCCAUAUAAACCAAGAAGCUUAUGAGAAACAAGGCCCUCUUUAUCUUAGCACCUUCUUCUCUAUGACUUAUGGAGUUGGCUUUGCAGCAUUGAGUGCCACUGUUGUCCAUGUAGCUCUCUUUCAUGGCAGGGAGAUAUGGGAGCAAAGCAAAGCAAGUUUUAAAGAUAAGAAAAUGGACAUUCACACAAAGCUGAUGACAAGAUACAAGGAAGCCCCUGAAUGGUGGUUUUGGGUGAUUUUGGUAAUCAACAUUGCAGCUACCAUCUUCGCCUGCGAGUACUACAAAGAACAGCUUCAGUUACCAUGGUGGGGUGUUUUGCUUGCGUGUGCCAUUGCCUUCAUCUUCACACUUCCUAUUGGAAUCAUAACUGCCAUUACAAAUCAGUCUCCUGGUUUGAACAUCAUUACAGAGUACAUAAUCGGAUACAUCUACCCUGGAUAUCCAGUUGCAAAUAUGUGCUUCAAGGUUUAUGGCUAUAUCAGUAUGACACAAGCUAUUGCUUUCCUGCAAGACUUCAAACUUGGCCAUUAUAUGAAAAUUCCUCCUAGAACAAUGUUCAUGGCACAGGUAGUAGGAACUCUUAUCUCCGCCUUCGUGUACCUUGGCACAGCAUGGUGGUUGAUGGAAAGCAUUCCAGAUAUGUGUGAAAAAACUGCAAGGAAUACAGUGUGGACAUGUCCUAGUGACACUGUAUUCUACGAUGCCUCAGUGAUUUGGGGUUUAAUUGGACCUCGCAGAAUAUUUGGGAAUGAAGGUGUUUAUGAGACCAUCAAUUGGUUUUUCUUAGGAGGAGCAAUCGCUCCAAUCCUCGUUUGGUUGGCUACAAAGACAUUCCCAAACCAAGAAUGGAUUAGGCUUAUCAACAUGCCUGUCUUGAUCGCGGCGACAGGGAUGAUGCCACCAGCAACUGCAGUGAAUUACACUACAUGGAUUCUUGUUGGUUUCCUCUCUGGAUAUGUGGCGUUUAGGUAUGCGCCUGAGUGGUGGGAACGUCAUAACUAUUUACUUUCUGGUGCACUUGAUGCUGGUUUAGCUUUCAUGGGAGUGGCAUUGUAUCUUUGCUUGGGGUUGGAGGAAGUGAGUCUUAGUUGGUGGGGAAAUGAUCUUGAUGGCUGCCCUUAUGCAUCUUGUCCUACUGAGAAAGGUAUUAUGGUUCAAGGUUGUCCAGUUGUAUAUAGCUAGUAACAUACAAAUUGUAUUGUUAUGUAAGCAUUGAUUCUUUACAAUUCUCAAUCAAAAUUGAUGUUGGGCAUUGAUUUUAUUUCUUUCAUAUACCAUCCAAGUAAAUGUGUAUAAUACAAAAGUUUGGGAGUUCGAGCUAAGGGGUGAAUUUAUUUGCAGA